AUGCUGAGCCAGCUGGCGGUCAGGCUGAACGCUGCUUUUGACCGCCAGUAUUUGUUCGCGAGGAGCCCCAGCUGCAAGGGCAUUCUUGUUUCCCGCGUGCACCUUGCCCCCAGGACCCGCAGCAGCGUCAUACGGCAUCGUCCUCGCAACCCCGUUGCUAGGUAAACAGCUGCUGUGCACCCUAGGCCCCCGCCAAACGCAUCGGGUUUCACACUGCCGCGAUACGACCAUCGCAUAUAAGCAACCAACAAGUCACGUUUGACUCGCUGGAUAUCCCAUCGACGCGUGUUUGGGCAGUGGAGACGGCGUUCGCAGCAUCCGCGAAUUGAUUGAAGGCGCAGCAGCACCCUCCCAGCACCAUGGCUGGCUACAACCGACUGGACGAGGACCACUACGAGAUGGAUCCACGCCGCCCCGGGAGGACGCCCUCUCCAGGCCACCCGCUCGCGGGCUACCAGCUCGAGGACAACUAUGGCUCGCAAGCCGGGCCCCUCGAGAUCCCCAUGGGCCCGCAGAUGACGCAUCCAGCGGCCUCCGGCGACAGACUGCCGCUCCAGCCCAGCUACUCGGUCGAGAACAUCCCGUACGCAGCCGGAAACUACCACGACGACUACGACCCACGCCCGCAACGACAUGACAGUGACUAUUCGCUCAACCCGCAGGCGCACCACGACGCCUACUACAACCAGCCCUACGAUCCCACACCGCACGACGAGAGCCCGCACCAGGGCUACGGCACCCAGCCAGACCACUACUGGCAGGAUGGGCAGGAUGGUCGCCCGAUGCUGGGAGGCGCGAAUUCGUAUGGCCCCGACCCGCAUGAUUUAGACGACCACGGGGAUCCCGAGAAUCCCUUCGACGACGAGCCUAUCCAGCACGCGCCGAGCCCGGCGCCAAUCAAGCGGUGGAAGACGGUCAAGGAAGUCCAGCUGUUUAAGGGCAACCUGGUGCUUGAUUGCCCGAUCCCCCCGCGACUGCUCAACCAGGUUCCACAUGCACAGCCACCCGAGCGUGACGAGUUCACGCAUAUGCGCUACUCGGCCGCCACAUGCGACCCUGGCGACUUUGACGCAGAGCGCUUCACGCUGCGCCAGAAGCUGUUUGCAAAGCCGCGCCACACGGAGCUGUUCAUUGUCGUGACCAUGUACAACGAAGAAGACGAGCUCUUCGCGCGAACGAUGAUGGGCGUCAUCAAGAACAUCGAAUACAUGAACUCGCGAACCAACAGCAAGACGUGGGGCAAGGACGCGUGGAAAAAGAUUGUAGUCUGCGUCGUCAGCGACGGACGUGCGAAGAUCAACCCGCGAACCAGAGCUGUCCUCGCAGGUCUUGGUGUCUACCAAGACGGCAUCGCCAAGCAGCAAGUCAACGGCAAGGAUGUUACGGCGCAUAUUUACGAGUACACCACCCAAAUGACUCUCGACAUCAAGAAAGGCGUUGUAGGCGUCAAGAAAGGCAAUACGCCUGUGCAGAUGCUGUUCUGUCUCAAGGAGAAGAACCAGAAGAAGAUCAACUCCCAUCGAUGGUUUUUCCAGGCGUUCGGAGCCGUUCUGGACCCCAACAUCUGUGUCCUGCUCGAUGCUGGAACCAAGCCUGGAAAGGACUCCAUCUACCACCUAUGGAAAGCUUUCGAUCUCGAGCCCAUGUGCGCAGGCGCUUGCGGUGAGAUCAAGGCUAUGCUUGUACAUGGCAAGAAGCUCCUAAACCCGCUUGUUGCUACCCAGAAUUUUGAGUACAAGAUGAGCAAUAUCCUGGACAAGCCGCUGGAGUCAGCCUUCGGUUUCAUCAGUGUGCUUCCCGGUGCUUUCUCUGCCUAUCGCUAUAUCGCUCUCCAGAACGAUAAGACCGGGCAGGGACCACUGGAGAAAUACUUUGCCGGCGAGAAGAUGCACGGUGCCAACGCCGGCAUCUUCACGGCCAACAUGUAUCUUGCUGAAGAUCGUAUUCUUUGUUUCGAGCUCGUGUCCAAGAGGAAUUGCCAUUGGAUCCUGCAGUACGUCAAGUCUGCCAACGGUGAGACCGAUGUGCCUACGACUAUGGCCGAAUUCAUCGGUCAGCGUCGUCGCUGGCUGAAUGGUUCCUUCUUCGCUGCCGUCUACGCUCUGGCCCACUCUUUCGACAUUUUCCGCAGUGAUCACUCCGUCAUCCGCAAGACUAUGUUCCUCGUCGAGUUCUUCUACCAGACCAUCAGUAUGGUCUUCGCUUGGUUUGCCCUUGGCAAUUUCUUCCUGGUUUUCCACAUCCUCACCGCCUCGGUGGCUACAUAUAUCGGUACCGCUGGUAAAGUGUUGUUCGUCCUAUUCGAAUGGCUCUACAUCGCGGUACUAAUCACUUGUUUCAUUCUGUCUCUUGGCAAUCGACCGCAAGGAUCGAACAAGUGGUAUAUGUCCAUGGUCUACUUUUGGUGUAUCAUCAUGACUUACCUCAUGUUUGCAUCCAUCUAUAUUACGGUCAAGUCUGUCCAGGAGACAGCCAAAGGUGGCAUCACCUUUUCGGAAGUCUUCCAGGACACAAUCUUCUUCAACCUGAUCGUUUCCUUGGCUUCCACAUAUGUCAUGUGGUUUAUCGUCUCGUUCCUGUUUCUGGAUCCCUGGCACAUGUUCACAUGUUUCAUUCAGUAUUUGCUGAUGACACCGACAUACAUCAACAUUCUCAACGUAUACGCUUUCUGUAAUACGCACGACAUCACCUGGGGAACCAAGGGCGACGACAAGCCAGAGAAGCUACCUUCAGUCACCACCAAGGCUGACGGAAAGGCCGACAUCCAAGCUCCGACUGACGAUGCCGAUCUAAACACCAUGUACGAAAAGGAGUUGCAGACUUUCAGCACGAAGUGGAAAGAGGAGAAGAAGGUUCAUUCAGCUCAGGACAUCCAGGAAGACUACUACAAGGGUUUCCGAUCCGGUGUCGUUCUGUUUUGGAUGUUCUGCAAUCUGGGUCUCACAGCCGUUGUCCUGCAAUCUGGCGGCUUAGAGGUGACAGUUGCAGAAGACCAGCAAAGCGCGCACCAAACCCGCGUUGCUAACAUCUACCUGGGAGUCGUGUUGUGGAGUGUCGCGGGUCUUGCGGCGUUCCGAUUCAUCGGCGCUGUGUGGUUCCUGAUUGUGCGCAUGUUCCGAGGUGUAUGAUCGCGUAGUCAUACAACGAUGUCUCUGGUGUUUGGCGCAUCCGCGGGUUUGUAUAGUACAGUGCUACUGCGCGGCAUUACGAUUCAUGGCGGUGACGGGGCGUUUUGAUCUGUUGCAUAUGAGCUUCAUGACUCUUUCCCAGUAUUAUACCUUGAUAGCAUGCUGUCUUGUAUUCAAGGGCAACGAAUUUGUCCAUCUUAUUUCCAAUGCCUGUUCAUACCUGUGUCGCUGUUGUUGCUUCAGUCUUGCGAUGGUGCACCGCCUUCCUUCACUUGCCUCGCAUCUUCCGUCAA